GCCGUGGCGCUCCAGGCGGGGUGCCGCCGCUGCCUGUCCCCCGCAUGUGAGGGGGGGUGGUGGCUGGCUGGCUACGCGGUGCCUCUAGCCGCCUUUGUCGAGGCUCCGCGCGGGGUGGGGAGGAGAGGAGAGGCAAAGCGCGCGUCUGCCGGGAGCAGGACUCAUGGAGCAAGAGAUGGCGAUGGCGCCCCCCGCCCUCCCCCCCGCUGCCCCCACCCUCCCGCUAGCGGGGCCCCUCCCCCUACUCCCCCCGCUGUCCUCCCUCCCCCCGGCCGCUUGCGCCCCCGACGGUGAACCCUUGCCGCACCUUCUUCCUCCUCUUCCUCUUCCUCCGCCGCCGCCUCCGCACAAGAUGCACCGUUGCGACCACUGCGCCUACAGCACCCGGCGCAAGGGCCACCUGGACAUCCACAUGCGCACGCACACGGGCGAGCGGCCGCACCCGUGCGGCGAGUGCGGCAAAGCCUUCACGCAACUCGGCGACCUGCAGAAGCACCGGCGGACGCACACCGGCGAGCGCCCGUACGCGUGCACCGUGUGCGACAAGCGCUUCUCGCAGAUGGAGCACCUGCUGACGCACCACCGCACGCACACGGACGAGAAGCCGUACAAGUGCCCACAGUGCGAGAAGGCGUUCACCAUCUACGGCAACCUACAGCGGCACAUCAAGGCGCACUCGGGCGAGAAGCCGCACCGCUGCCCGACGUGCGGCAAGGCUUUCACCGUUCUCGGCAGCCUCCAGCGGCACCAGACGACGCACACGGGAGAACGGCCGCACAAGUGCGCCGCCUGCGGAAAGGCGUUCGCUCAGUCGGGCGACCUGCAGCGCCACGUGCGCACGCACACGGGAGAGAAGCUGUACGUGUGCGCGGCGUGCGGCCGGGACUUCACGCAGCUGGGCACGCUGCAGAGCCACCAGCGGACGCACACGGGCGAGAAGCCCUACAAGUGCCUCGUGUGCGGCAAGGCGUUCACCAACUCGUCCAACCUGCGCCAGCACGAGAGGACGCACGUCAAGCAGCAGCAGCAGCUGCUGGAGCAGCAGCAGCAGCAGCAGCUGCAGGAGCAGCAGCGGCGGCAGCAGCUGCAGCUGCAGGAGCAGCAGCGGCGGCAGCAGCAGCAGCAGAGGAAGCGGCGACGGUCGCAGCAGAAGGCGAAGGACGCGGGAGGCGCCUCGGGCGCGGACGCCCGCCGGCACCGAGCUCAAGUCCGAAGCUGCCUCCGAGUGGAGCCCGCAGAGGAGACGGCCGCGGAGCCGGGCGCCAAGCCCAACAUCAAACUCAACAUCAAACUACGCAUCAAGCCGCGGGCGGCCGCCGCCGCCGCCGUCAUCGCCGCCGCCGUCGCUGAACCCGCGGCGGGCCGCGGGAGUGGGCGGCAGGCGCGGGGCCAAGCGAGGGUCGUGCGAUCAGUUCCCGUGGGACCCCGCUGGACUGAUCCCUCCGACUCGCAGUCGCCGUCUGCCCAUCGCCGAUGCUCGCCGGCGCGGCAGUUGGCGCUACGAGCCCUAGUUGGAUUCCCGCUCGGGAAGGCGGCACAGCAGCAGAGUGCGUGGACUAAUCCCCAUCCGUGCCACGCUCCCCCCUACCCGUCGGCGGUCGUCAUGGAGCAGCCGCCGCCAGCGCCGCCGCCGCCGCGGGUUAAAUCUCACAGCUGCCCUCAGUGCCCCUACAGCACGGACCACCGCAGCCACCUGGACAUCCACGCGCGCUCGCACUCGGGCGAGCGACCGUACGCGUGCGGCGACUGCGGCCGCGCCUUCACCGUCUCGUCGAGCCUCAAGGCCCACCGGCGCACGCACACCGGCGAGCGGCCUCACGCCUGCCCCGACUGCGGCCGCGCCUUCACGCAGCUGGGAGCCCUGCGGCGGCACGUGCGCACCCACACGGGCGAGCGCGCGUACGUGUGCACCGUGUGCGAGAGGGCCUUCGCCCAGCAGGAGCACCUGCUCAACCACCAGCGGACGCACACGGAGGAGCGGCCUCACUCGUGCGCCCUGUGCGGCCGGGCGUUCGCCGAGCACGGCAACCUGCGGCGUCACGUGCGGGCGCACGCCGGAGAGAGGCCGCACGAGUGCCCUGCCUGCGGGAAGACGUUCACGGUGCUUGGCAGCCUCCAGCGGCACCAGCUGACCAGGCACUCGGUGACGGGCGACAAGCCGGUGACGGCGGUGACGGGCGACAAGCCGGCGGCGGUGACGGUGGCGGCGGUGACGGCGGCGCCACCGUGCGGGGACGGCGCCCGGGAGGAGGCCGCGGGGGGCCCUCCUCCGCGGGCGUCAAGGGUGGCCCCCCACGACGGGCCGUGGGGGUGCGGCAAGGAGCUCGCACCGCGGAGAGUGGUGGGCCUGCGGGGGGGGCCUCCGGCAAGCGGCCCGGACGGUGACUGAGCCGGCGUGCCGGCCCCUCCGGCGUUGCGUUUCAUUUCCUGUAUGAGGUCUAGCCCUGUGGGCCACGCGGCUCUUGACUCGGGUGCAACCGCAAGAAACAAAAACACGAAGAAUGAUCUUCAAGUGACUACGCGCAACAGGGAAAUCCAGGAAAAAACUGCAAAGUCUUCCAGAAAAAGCGCCGCGCACCAACGCCGUGUGCAAAAAUCCCAGUGGGAUGCAAGUCAAACAAUGACAACCACAAGACAAUUAAGAUUAAAGUUAUCGGGCGAACUCUGGACUAAAACAAACAAACAUGGCUGAACCAAAACGUUUUCAAAGUCACCAAAAUAAAGCUAUAAAAACAAUGUAAC